CCACCACAACCUCAACACCUUGGAAAGUUCGAAGCUCUUGCACACGCAGAACCAGCACUACACAACGUAAACAAACAUGUCGGACUACGAGGAGGAUGACGCUUACGGAGCCGAAGGCAACUAUAUGGAGGAAGAGGUUGAGGACGUAGAGGUGACUGAGACAGCAGCAGCAGGAACCGAGGACGCCGCAAACCGAUCGAACGUUGUGGUCAGCGGAGACGUUGCAGCAGCGGCAGCUGCAGCUGCUUCUAGCAGUGGCACCUCCGCAAAAGCUAUCACAGGAGCUGAUAGACGGACGACUCCUUAUAUGACAAAAUAUGAGCGUGCUCGUAUUCUUGGUACUCGUGCUCUUCAAAUCAGUAUGAAUGCUCCCGUUUUAGUUGAUUUGGAAGGCGAAACAGAUCCUUUACAAAUUGCUAUGAAAGAGCUUGCCCAAAAAAAGAUUCCUCUGCUUGUUCGUCGCUACUUGCCUGACGGUAGUUAUGAGGACUGGAGCGUUUCGGAACUCAUUUAAGACAGGGAUAUUCGCGAGUUUGUACAUAUAGUUGUUUACGGUCCGCAUAUGUCGAGCUUUUACUUCCGUUUCCCUGAUCGUUCAAAAAUUAUUAGUUUUGUGUUUCUUGGGAGGGCAUGAGGAAUGCACGUUGAGAAUGUUUUAAGGUAACUGAUCAGUGAACGGCCAUUGUCAGUUACCGAAUGUCGUCCUAUCAC